CCCGCGCCCCGCGCCCCGCGCCCGCAGCUCGCCCAGGCGGAGUCAGUCCGCGCUCCGCCCGCCGCGCUUCGGGCUCGGAGGUCCGGACUCCGGGCUCGCCGCCUGCUGGGCCGGUUCCGCGCCCCGCACUCUUGCGCCCCGCGCCCGGGCGGAGCGCACCAUGCCGCAGCUGGACUCCGGCGGGGGCGGCGCGGGCGGGGGCGACGACCUAGGCGCGCCCGACGAGCUGCUGGCCUUCCAGGACGAAGGCGAGGAGCAGGACGACAAGAGCCGCGACAGCGCCGCGGGCCCGGAGCGCGACCUGGCCGAGCUCAAGUCGUCGCUGGUCAAUGAGUCCGAGGGCGCGGCGGGCGGCGCGGAGGUCCCGGGGGCCGGCGCCGGGGCCCGCGGCGAGGCGGAGGUCGGGGCUGAGGCGCUCGAACGGGAGCACACUUCGCAGAGACUUUUCCCCGACAAACUUCCAGAGUCUCUGGAGGACGGCCUGAAGGCCCCAGAGUGCGCCAGCGGCAUGUACAAAGACACCGUCUACUCCGCCUUCAAUCUGCUCAUGCACUACCCGCCCCACUCGGGAGCAGGGCAGCACCCCCAGCCGCAGCCCCCGCUGCACAACAAGGCCAGCCAGCCAGCCCACAGCGUCCCACAACUCUCUCCUCUCUAUGAACAUUUCAGCAGCCCCCACCCUACACCUGCACCAGCCGACAUCAGCCAGAAACAAGGAGUUCACAGGCCUCUGCAGACCCCUGACCUCUCUGGCUUCUACUCUCUGACCUCGGGCAGCAUGGGACAACUCCCCCACACUGUGAGCUGGCCCAGCCCUCCUCUCUACCCCUUGUCCCCUUCCUGCGGAUAUAGACAGCACUUCCCUGCCCCCACUGCAGCCCCUGGCGCCCCCUACCCCAGGUUCACCCACCCACCCCUGAUGCUAGGCUCUGGUGUGCCUGGCCACCCCGCGGCCAUCCCCCACCCGGCCAUCAUACCUCCCUCAGCGAAGCAGGAGCUGCAGCCGUAUGACCGCAGCCUGAAGACGCAGGCAGAAUCCAAGGUGGAGAAGGAGGCCAAGAAGCCAACCAUCAAGAAACCCCUGAACGCCUUCAUGCUGUACAUGAAGGAGAUGAGAGCCAAGGUCAUCGCAGAGUGCACACUCAAGGAGAGCGCGGCCAUCAACCAGAUCCUAGGCCGAAGGUGGCACGCGCUGUCUCGGGAAGAGCAAGCCAAGUAUUAUGAGCUGGCCCGAAAGGAGAGGCAGCUGCACAUGCAGCUGUACCCAGGCUGGUCAGCGCGGGACAAUUAUGGGAAGAAGAAAAGGCGGUCACGGGAGAAGCACCAGGAAUCCAACACAGACCCUGGCUCGCCUAAGAAAUGCCGUGCUCGCUUUGGCCUCAACCAGCAGACGGAUUGGUGUGGUCCGUGCAGGAGGAAAAAGAAAUGCAUUCGGUACUUACCCGGAGAAGGCCGCUGCCCCAGCCCCGUUCCUUCCGAUGACAGUGCUCUAGGCUGCCCCGGGUCCCCAGCCCCCCAGGACUCGCCCUCAUACCUCCUGCUGCCCCACCUCCCCACAGAACUGCUUGCUAGUCCUGCGGAGCCGGCGCCUACAUCACCAGGGGUCUCAGCCGCUCUCAGCCUCCCAGCCCCCUGGACCCCCCCAGGCCCUCCCCGGCACCCUGCAGAGUACACAGGUGCAACGACAGGAAUCUCAGAGACAGGCAGCCUAGCAUGCACAGGACACCUGGCCGCCUCCAGGGGCCCAUCCUCUGAGAGGAAGCGACAGAGCCCCAAAGCACGUGGACACUGGCCAGGGGCCCUGUUACCUCCCUCUCAGGGAGCAGGCUCAGGAGACUUCCGAGGCUGCACAACUUCUGCCUGAACCUGGGGCCAUCAAUUCCAACUGCUCCAAGUGGUGGGAAUCAGAUCGGUGGCGUGUCAUCUGAUUAAGGGCAUCCCUUGUGCCUACAGCAGCCUGCAUCUAUUCCUUUUAUCACCUGUCUUGCUGGCCAGAUGCCCCCUGCCUCCUCUGCUUUUCUGCUAUAGGUCAUAGAUGGGCGGGACUGAGCCCAGCUGCUUUCCGUACCCUACACCUCCCCAGUCCCACCACUGCCACACCCUCCCCAUACCAGACACUUCAUGGACCAAGAAUGAGCUGGUUUAUGAAACAACACCUCAGCAUGGGCACAACCAUAUGCUCAAGAGGACAAUGCUUCUCUCAGGCCCGGAGAAGCCCCGUUGACAGAAAAGGAGUAAUCAUUCUUAAGCUGGACCAGAAGGAAGCCUCUUGCCAUGUUCUCAAGAGCUUGCAAGACAAGGAGGGAAUGGAACGGGUUAAAUCUAGGCCUAUCACCCUAGGCAACAGGAAUGACCGGACACUACCUUAUCAGGCAAGUAUGGGCAGUGAGACCUACCUGGCUCUGGUUCAGAUUACUUGGAAAUGUUUCCAAGAGAAACUCAACCUCCCCAGAGGCUCUGAUUACCAAGGUCCCAAGCCUGUCUCUAAUGGCUGAAUUCAACAGCUGAAAGAAAUUAUGGCCCAAAACCUGGUGUGCAUCCCUCCCUACUCCAAGAGCCUCUGUCACAGCUCCAUUUUCUGCUUUAUCCGUGUCAGUCUUGGCAGCUCUUGAGCAGCUGAGGGCAAACCUCAUGACAGCCAGUGCCUACCUUUCAGCACGAAACAGGCCAGCUUCAGUUUCCCGAUGGGGCUGCAGGAAGGACCAUCACCAUCAAAGCAAGGAGCCCAGAGAACCUCUAGUGGUAGUCAGUGGGUUUUCACCACAGCCUACUUUCCCAUUUCUGAGCCAAGCUUCAACCCUGAGCCUUAAAAAAAAAAAAACUUUUAAUUUAAUUUUUCCCCCCUCUUCCUCACUGUACAUAGCCUGAAUCCAAAGAAAAAGGGCUGUUCCUAUACCCGUACAUCCCUCAACAAAAGCCUUUAGUUCCUAACUUUAGCCACUGGCUUCUCAGAAUCCAAAGAACAUAUAUUCUAGUGUAGUGUUGCAAGAAGUCUUGAAAGAAAAGGACUAUUGUAGUGUUCAAAAUAUUUUUGUAUUGUUAAUGCAUCAUCAAACAAAAACUUUUUUAACAUGAGAAUAAAGAUACUUUUUACUGGG